AGUACGCGCAAACUCACGCCGUUCAUCAUCCAACCCGGCCAACUGUACCUUUCCCUCCCGUGACGCCAAUUUUUUUUUUUGCAGAUGGCGUAGCAGAUAAAGGAAUAGCAAAAAAGAAGGAAAAAAAAGGGAAGUGCUAAACCCAUUCCUCCCCAAUCCGCUAUCAUUAACUCUUGUUUAAAAGGGAAAAAGUCUUCGUUCCUGAUUUCUAAUUUCCACAUAUAUAUAUAUUUCCCCUCUCGAUACGCUUUCGUGUCUCGUAAUACUAUUAGUAGUACUUUUUUUGUUUUCAUUUAGUUUUCUUUUUCUAAUAACAAAAGAAUUCUGUUUUUCGCUUACUGUUGCCUCUUGUUGUGCUAUGCUUGUGACGAACCUUAUGCUCACCCGAAGCAGGAUAAAGCCGCGCUACAUGCCCCUCACCUAACAUUAGUCGUUCUUCUUCUUUUUCUUUUAUCCUUCCUGUCACCGCGUUGACUGACUCCCUCCUUCCCUCUCUCCCUCUCUCUCUCUCACACAGAUCCGCCUGUGCUUGUAUGUGUCUGUGUCUGUGUGUGUGUGUGUGUUUGUUUGUUUGACUAAUUCAGUCAAGCAACACGAUAAAGGUAUUUUUUAAAACCAUCUUUAAAGAAAAGAAGAAGGAACACCAGCACGUGUAAAAGCCUUUUUGUUUUCACUUACAUUUGUUUUUCCUCUUCACAGAAUUAGUGAAGAGAAAGAAGAAAGAAGAAAGAAUCGCCACGCUGCACCGCUUUUCUUGUUGUUCAACGUUGUUCUCUUGCAUUAUAGUCUUUCCUUUUGUUUUUUGCCUUCUCGAGAGCACAAGACACACACGCACGUACGCGCGCUCUUUCGCAUACUUCUCCACGUCUUUCGUUUUCCCCUCGCCUACUCUUCUUCCUCUUUCUUGCUGCUCUUCAAUCGUAGAGCGUUGUGCGAUCGUCGCUGAGGAAGCGCUCGAGUUUGUUGAGAACGGCGCUCAGUCCCCUACACGUGGCGAGUUCCGGAUCUGUGUCGCUUUAGAACCUCCCUCUUCCCAUUUCCGUCUUCCUUGGAAGGGUGCUUACUUCGUAGAGAAAAGGGAGAAAUAUAAAUAAUAGUUGUGAAGGUUUGCAUAGUUCCCUGCACAGGAGUGUUUUUUGUCUUUAUUGAAGUAAGUGAGCCAAAGAACACAUACGUAUACAAGUAACUCUGUUUUUCUAUUCCCUCUUUCCCACUUUCUCUCGUCGUCGUCUCCGCGAGUGUGUCUAUGUGUUGCCGCUGUCAAACCUUGGUUCCUUGUCGCUGAUCUUUUCUGUGUGGAGGUGAAGAAGAAAAACAAAAAGCUUACAUAUAUAUUCCGGCGAAUCAUUGGAAAGCUGCAGCUGCCUGAAGGGAGCUCUCCGUUUCUCAUUACCCUCCACCGUCUUUCUGAGGGGGGUUCUGUUUGGAAGCGGACACAUAAACAAAGUAUUUUCGUAUUUUUAACUGGUGUUUCUUUUUCAAGUGCGAAAGGGGCCGUGCAGCGUGCGUCGUUGUCGUUCUGUUGAAUGCAUCUCGGCCUGCCGCCUCGCCUUCCUCUCUUUUUGCGGUGGGUGUCGCUUCCUCUACGUCUGCUUCACCUGUGCCGUAAGCGCACGCACAACGCACGCACAUCGUUUACCGUAGGUCUUGUGAGGUUGUUGGCCCCGCUGCGUCUCUCUCAUUCUUACAAAUCCGGCUGUAUUCACACAUAUAUGCGGUACAGAGAACGAGGGGCUUCAGGUUUCGUGCGAACUCCAUCGCGUGUAUUUUUUUAUAAUUUUUUUUCCUUCUUCCUUUCGAAAGCCCACUCGCUAAUUCUUGUGGCGUCGUGAUUGCUUAAAGAGCAACGGUCGCAGCCUUCUUCGCACCGGUUCGUGCUUGCUUCAGUGAAGUGGGGUCGGAGUGGCUUUGGCUUGAUUUUUACCUCUCGCUCCGUUGCUGUCGUCUUACAUCGUCGAGUCACCCUUUUCUUUUCUUUUUGUUUUUAGCUUCCACACAUCAAGCGCUUAAAGCAGCCAACGCACACCUCCUCGUUGCGGUCUGGCUGAAUCGGGGUGUACAGUACGCGUGUUGGUUUCACUCCCUGCUGUCUUCCCCUCGUGUUUCUUCCUGUGUGUGUGUGUGGUGAUCCACGCCUCUAUAUAAACAACAAAUGCCCUACGCAGACCCAGCUUUCCUGGCGCAGCCGCGCGGCAGCCGCGGAAACGGAAGCAGCGCGAGCCUGGACAUCUACGAUGUGGCCUAUCGCACCCCACGCAGUGAAGAUGUGCGGUCACCCGUCAGUCCCCACGAGGAGGACCUGCACAUGGCUGCUCCCACCGCCCCGUUGCUUUCGCCUACUACUGCAGCGGCAGGCAGCGAUCACCACCACAGCCAUCCCAACGGCAGCAACCUGCACACUCGCAGCCCCUCGCCGCAGCAGCGGUCGCUUUCCUCGCCGAGCACGAACCCCUCUGUCUGUGUUACUGCGCUGAACCGCUUGCUGGAGUGGCCCCCGCACGCCGCCGCAGCAGCAGCAGCAGCAACGACGCCGGAUGCGGUGCGUCUCGUGGACAACGUGUCCUUCACCUCUGUCGUCCCCCACAGCAUCCACGAUGACAGCCCGCGAUCGCCGACAGCGUCCGCCACCGUGCCGGCGAAGAGCCCAUCCCACGCCGUCUUGCGCUGCCUACUGUCAACGAUCACGCCCUCCAUCGACGCCUUCCGUGCGCGACUGCGUGACAUGACGUGGAAGCGCAUUCUCUGGGUCGUUCUUCUUGUGGCACUCGUCAUGGUUGGGAAUUUCAUGCAAAUCGUCAUGCUAAACUUCUGGCUCAUCUCGUUUCCGGCGGACGGCACGCCUGGCAACUACACGGCCUUCGCCGUGCCUGGUAUCUUCUUCGCUAUUCUCUUUGUGCUGCUCUUCGGCGCGUACGCCGCCCUUCGCCGCCCGUCGCUGCGCUUUGCGACCCAUCUGCAUGGAUGGGCGAUUCUCGCCGGCGUUGGCUUCUGCGACGCCAUCAACAGCUGGAUGGCGACCUACGCGGCGACGUACACGUCCGAGGUGCUGCAGGCCCUCUUCACAAACCUCUGCCCCCUCUACGCGGUGUUUCUCGCCAAGUGGAUCCUGCGCGACACCCGCCGCUACGCCAACGUCUACAUCACCUCCGUCUUUGUGCUCACCAUCUGCGGCAUCCUGGCCGCCUCGCUGUACGGCCUGAUCCGCGACCGCAACGUGAGCGAGGGGAAGUGGUGGAUCCUGAUCUUCUCUCUGUCGAUGCCGGUGCGCGUACUCAUGAACGUGUGGCAGUCACUGUACAUGAUCGUGUACACGCGCGAUCCAAACUUCGUCUCGUGGCUGCGCGUCCGCUUUGCGGAAGAGGAGGAGGGCGAAACGCCGGCUGCCGUGGACACAGAGGGGGACCACAUAACGCCCAAGACAGCAGCGGUGCGCGACUUGCAUGGAGGCUGUGCUGAUCCCCCAUCUCAUCCGUCACGCGGUGCACAGGCACCUGACUCGGCGGCCACCUCGCUAGACAACUCCUGCGAUGACGACUUGAUGAACGAGAAGGCCAACAGGGAAACGGCAGCACGGAUGACGUGUAACAGCGGCAGGCACACACAAGACGAACUGGAAUGCAAAGACGAGGUCGACGAAGCACAGCAGCACAGGCACAAGGAAGAAGAUCUCGCGCUGGUGCUGACGAGUGAUUUGGACAGCGACUCGGCGGUUCCCACCAUCACGAUCACCGCCCCCACUCCCGCAUUACAUGAGCAUCCACCGCCACCGCCGCCGCCGCAGCAGCAGCAGCGGCAUCAGGUUCGCUACGACGGCGCUUUCAAGGCGGCGCCUUCGACGAAGCACGCCGUCCUCGGCGUCGCGGAUGACGGCGGGGAAGAUGUGUUGCCUCCUCUGGCGAGCGAUGCACCAGCCGUGGCCGGUCACGCAGACACGUUUGGCGUUGGCAGAGAGGGGGAAGGGGAGGACGAUGUGUUCGGUUCCACGACAGCCGCCGCGGUGCCCCCGCUGCCGACGCAGACCCUGUUCACCGUUCGCUACCACCAAGGCGAGGACACCAUCGUGAAGCUGGUGAUGCUGGCCGGGGAGACUUUUCUCCAGAUGUGCUUCACCCUCGCGCUGCUGCCGGCGGAUGCGCUGCCGUGGUGGGGUAACAGUGCCACGGUGUCCGCCACGUGGGACAACUUCCGAGAGGGCCUGCGCUGCGUCUUCACGAUCCAGGAGAACUUCUUGUACUGCUUCCUCUACACGCUCGGCUUCGUCUUUACCUACGUGGGUUGUGCCUAUCUGAACCACUACAGCGCCGCGCUGUGCUCCAUUGUCAGCCAGCUCUCCUCGCCCGUCACGGCGCUGAUGCUGGUGAUUGUGCCGAGCUGGAACGUGCAGGACGACGGGGACUCGCCGUGGUACUGCAACGUGGUCGCAAUUGUGUUCUUGGCUGUCGCGGCGCUGCUCUACGUCCUGUGGGAGGAAAUGACGGAUCACGAAAAGAUGCAGACGGAGUACGCGCUGAAGAUGGAAGAGCUGCACGUGCGGCCCGCCUCGCACGAGAAACCGCACUCCCUCGUCAUCAACGGAUGA